CUCUGUUCCAGCCAUACCGAAACCCCAUAUGGAUCAAAACCCAGUCCUGCAUGUCUUGUUUUGAGGCUGGUGCCUGCCCCCCUCGUUCCGGAGUGUUCUUCCCCACUAAUCACUGCCUGCUCGGGUUGUGCUUAUCCUUCUUUCAAGUUUUUCGCUCAUAGCUGCCUUUCCCACAGCUCAUUUAGGAGAUGGUCACCCUCCAAUUCAGCCCGACAGCCCGAGGCUCACACUAGCGUUAGUGCAGUUUUGUCUAAAUGGAGGGAGCGUUGGACUUCCAACGUCUUUAAGGCUGUUCUGUCCCAGUAACAAGUGUGCCAUGAGAACUUCUUGGCACAGGGAUAUUGAGAUGAUGAAUUCCCGCGUAAACUGCAGUCGGUCAGUUGAUGGCCAGGAGACAGGGAUUGACUUAACGUUUUCCAGAUCCUUCCCUCCAUUGAUCAAAUCUUGCACACCUCUGAGGCCCCAGUGCCCAGCGUGAAGCCGACUGAUAAACGGUGGGUAAGCUGGUUGCCACACGGCUUACUUGGUAUCGGCCCUUUGGGUCGCAUAGCGCUUUCCGUCUUCCUUGGGCAUGUUGUUGCCCCCUGGUUCUUCUUCCAAGCUUAAUUACCCUCUCCCCCGGGGUCUGAAAAGGACCUUUUCCUUCCAACUGCAUCCUAUUGCAGCUCAGGACGGUCCUGGCGUGGAGACUGAGCAUGCUCACCGCCGGCCUGGGCUGGCAAGGGCCAGACAUCUGGUCCAGCAGCUUGCGCCCUCCACAGGCCGGGCUGGCUGGCAGGAGAGCUCAGGAGCGAGCUGGGGAGCUGGAGGGAUUUGGCUUCUGGGCAGACAGGGAGCCCAGGCUCUCCUGGCACACUGCAGGCAGGGAGCUGUAGCGGUGGGGGAGCAGGAGCAGCGCCUCCCGGGCACCUCGCAGCCUUCCCGGUGCAGCGGCCGCGGGAGCUCAGCCAGCGGGAGCGGCAGGGCGGGCUCUCCAGGCCGCAAGGGCGCAGCACGGGCGCUGGAGUCUGGCCGAGUCCCGGCGGGGGAAGGAGAGGAGCAAGGGCGACGGAGGUAAUGAACCAAAAAGAUCAUGUCUGAAGUACAAGGAACAGUUGAGUUUUCUGUGGAGCUACAUAAGUUUUAUAAUGUGGAUCUCUUUCAAAGAGGGUAUUACCAGAUCCGAGUGACCUUGAAGGUGUCCUCGCGGAUCCCCCACAGACUGAGCGCUUCCAUUGUUGGGCAGUCAGAGAGCAACAGCGUGCAUUCAGCCUGUGUCCACGAGAACGCCGUGCACAGCCGGGUCUUCCAGAUUUUAUACAGGAAUGAGGAGGCACCCAUAAAUGAUGCCAUGGUAUUCCGAGCUCAUUUACUCUUAGAUGGUGAGAGGGUGGAAGACGCACUGAGUGAGGUUGAGUUCCAGCUCAAGGUGGAUCUUCACUUUACAGACAGUGAGCAGCUGCUGAGGGACAGGACUGGGACGCCGAUGAUCAGCAGUCGCACACUCGGCCUGCACUUCCACCCACGGAGUGGUCUGCACCACCAAGUCCCUGUCAUGUUUCACUACUGCCACCUGUCUGUGAUCUCAGUGACCGUCCACGCUGCCCUGGUGGCUUUGCAGCAGCCCCUGAUCAGUUUUACUCGUCCUGGAAGAGGCUCUUGGCUUGGUAAAGGUGGCCCAGACAUGGGACCAGAGCAGCCCCUCAUUUCUCUGGAAAACUUAGUCUUUGGAGCUGGAUACUGCAAGCCGACUUCCUCAGAGGGAAGCUUCUAUGUCCCCUCCGAGAACUGCAUUCAGCAUGCGCACAAGUGGCACCGGGACGUCUGUCUCCUGCUCCUCCAGGCCUACCGGGGACUCCGACUCUACUUCCUGGUCAUCAUGAGGGACAUUCCCGAGCUGCCACACAUGGACUUGGAGGCCCUGGCCGUGGAAGAAACACUUUCUCAGCUGUGCUCAGAGUUACAGAUGCUGAACAACCCAGAGAAGAUCGCUGAGCAGAUCAGCAAGGACCUUGCUUGGCUGGCCUCCCAUCUGAUGGCUCUGUGGACCCAAUUCCUGGACACAGUGACUCUGAACUCCCAAGUGACCACUUACCUCACUCAGGAGCAUCAUACCUUGAGGGUGCGAAGGUUUUCUGAAGCAUUCUUUUACACGGAGCACCAAAAACUUGCAGUCUUGACCUUUCAGGAGAACUUGAUACAGACCCACAGCCAGCUAUCUUUGGACAUCCGGAACUCAGAGUACCUCACCAGUAUGCCCCCGCUGCCCGCAGAGUGCCUGGACAUUGACGGUGACUGGAACACCCUGCCCGUUAUCUUUGAGGACAGAUAUGUGGAUUGCCCUGUGACAGGGCACAAUUUGAGUGUUCACCCUAAUUUUGAUGUUCCAGUGACAAGUUCUGCAAUAAUGAAUCUAAAAGGGAAAGAGAAGAAUCUCCUUGUAAAUCAAAAAUCAUCUUUGGGGAAAGGCCUUGCCGAAACCACUCUGAGACCACCCCAGUUGGGCUCUGAUGCCGAGGUUACUAGGUAUCCAGAGACAGAGGAGCAUUCUGCCACACAGAACCAUGUGGACAUGUGCUCAGAGACUCAGGUUUACCUGACCAUAGGUGAAUUCCAGGAUAAAGCAGGCAUGCCUGAAAGUGAUGGCUGGACUGGCCCACGGCCUGACGUUGGAGUAGAUUCACCAGUACAGGUGGACAUGGCAAGGAGGAGUCCAGGCCCAGAUGAUGGACAGACUCCAGCACUGAUCUACAUUGAUGUGAAAUCUAGCAAUAAGAACUUCCCUAGAGCCAAGCCCACACAGGGCCUCAAUGCUCAGCAUGAAGGGAGCCCUGGGCACAACUACGAUCGCGACAAGACUGUGCCAAGCAAAGUGGUAACAGGAUCGUGUCAGCAAAAUGACGUCUCUUCAGGCCAAGCAGCUGUCCCUGAGUUCAGGACUCUGGGAAGGGGGAUGGAGCAGGAGGGGAAGGUGCUGCUGAGCCUGAAGCUCACUCCGGCCCAGCUCUGUGACACUCUGAGCGCUCUUCUGAGGGAACCUUUGGAUACCAGGCCUUCCCUUCAGGAACCUCAUGCAGAAGAGCAGGAGGACCUGUCAGUGCUCCCGGGGGUCAUCAGGAGGUCAGCCUCCCUCAUAUCAGACUCAGGCAUUGAGAGUGAACCAAGCUCUGUUGCUUGGUCCGAGGCUCGAAGCAGGGUCUUGGAGUUACCCAGUGAUCGAGAAGUCUUGCACCAGGUGGUCCGAAGACACGCCCACCACAGGAACUCUUUGGAGGGCGGUCACACGGAGAGCAACACCAGUCUGCCAAGUGGCAUCCAGGCUUCUCUCACUUCCAUCAGCUCUUUACCUUUUGAGGAGGAGGAGCGGGAGUUGGCACUCACCAAGCUCACCAAGUCUGUCUCUGCACCCCAAAUCAGCAGUCCUGAGGAUGCUGCUGAAAUUACCAAGGACCCAGGAGGUGUCUCUGAAGACCUGGAAACUUCUAGCCAGGACAAAGUUUCUCCUGGACACAAUUCUCCUUGUAGUGGCUCUAGAGUCCAGGACACCAGGUCAGGCCAUUCCCUUGCAGAUAUGGUCUUAGAUUCUGACAGACCUCAGGGCCCUGGGUACAUGGACAUCUCCAAAGGUAAAGGGAGCCAGUUUGAACCUCAAGGACCCUGUUGUCAGGAAGCCAGGGCUGAGAACACAGGAGGUAUUGAAACCAAAGGUCUUAACUUAAAAAUCCCAGGUAUCACAGCACUUGAAAAUCCUAGGACCAGGUCUUUUCAUAGAACAGUCCUGGAAACAUCAAAAAGCCAACCUAAAGGCUUGGGUGUCAGUAAACACUCUCUCUCCAACAGCAAUGUCUCAGAGGUCAGGGCUGUGUCUCACCAUAAGGUGCCUGAAUUCAGUUGUGCAUCAGCUAUUGAUGCCAUCAGCCUGAAUUCUACAGGUGCACAAAGUGGUUCACCAAGUAUGAAUGGUACCACAACACUGAUUAGAGGACCUAAUGCCUCCCCGGAGGAGGAACAUGAAGCCGGCACUGUGUGCCCUACUGUGACUCAUCCCAUUGCCUCCCAAGUAUCAAAAAACCAAGAGCUAAAGGGAGGCACUUCCAUCCCCGGGUCCCACCUGACCUCCACAGAGACCUUUGCCCUGGACAGCCUGAAGGCUGUGGAGGUUGUCAACUUGUCUGUGUCUUGCACGGCUACAUGUCUCCCUUUCUCAUCUGUGCCCAAGGAGACCCCUGCCAGGGCUGGAUUCUCUUCCAAACAAAGUCCAGCUCCUAUCACUCAUCAACCUCUGGGUUCCUUUGGAGUUGUUCCUGCUCAUCCCAGCAAGUUAGAAGAAGUUAGUGAAAGGAUGUUCAGUUUUUAUCAGGCCAAAGAAAAGUUUAAAAAAGAACUGAAGAUCGAAGGGUUUCUGUACAGUGACUUAUCCGUCCUGGCUUCUGACGUACCAUAUUUCCCACCAGAGGAAGAGGAAGGAGACCUGGAAGAAGGCAUUCACCUGGUGGUCUGUGUCCAUGGCUUGGAUGGGAACAGUGCAGACCUCCGGCUGGUAAAGACUUUCAUAGAACUGGGGCUCCCUGGAGGAAAACUGGACUUCCUAAUGUCUGAGAAGAAUCAGAUGGACACAUUUGCAGAUUUUGAUACCAUGACAGAUCGACUGUUGGAUGAAAUCAUUCAGCACAUCCAGCUGUAUAACCUCUCCAUAUCCCGAAUUAGCUUUAUCGGCCAUUCUCUUGGCAACAUUAUCAUCAGAUCCGUCCUCACAAGGCCUCGCUUCCGGUAUUACCUCACCAAGCUCCACACGUUCCUGUCGCUGUCUGGGCCCCACCUGGGGACUCUGUACAGCAACAGCACCCUGGUCAGUACAGGCUUGUGGCUCAUGCAGAAAUUGAAGAAAUCUGGGUCCCUUUUGCAGCUGACCUUCAGGGAUAAUGCUGACUUGCGGAAGUGUUUCCUCUACCAACUAAGCCAAAAAACAGGGCUGCAGUAUUUUAAAAACGUUGUUCUGGUUGCUUCUCCCCAAGACCGUUAUGUGCCAUUUCACUCAGCCAGGAUCGAAAUGUGUAAAACUGCCCUGAAAGACAGACACACAGGGCCUGUCUACGCAGAAAUGAUCAACAACCUGCUGGGCCCUCUGGCGGAAGCCAAGGACUGCACUUUGAUCAGACAUAAUGUGUUCCACGCUCUGCCCAACACUGCCAACACCCUGAUUGGCCGAGCAGCUCACAUCGCUGUGUUGGAUUCAGAACUCUUUCUAGAGAAGUUUUUCUUGGUGGCAGGACUCAACUAUUUUAAGUAGUGACUGUGAGGGAGAAGCCUGGGGACUGGCCGGAACCCUUUAAAGUCAGUUGAGUUCUUAGCAGGACAUGCUGUCUGCAACCUAUUUCCAGGGUGGAGUAACAGAAGAGAGGGUGUGGAAGGGUGAGGCUUGGGUGCGACCGGAUAAUAGCGAUGCUUUCAAUUUAGACUUAGGAAAAAGCUGAACAAAUAUUGUGAAAGAAAACAGUGCUUGCUUGAAAUUGUCUAGCCACCUGGCUUCUCCUUCAAGAUACUUUCUAAGGGAAAUACGAGCAAAUAAACGGAACACUUGGAGUUCGUGAGCCACUUUUAUAGCAACCAUGGCUC